CUGAGGCUGUCAGGAAUGGCGGGAGUUGAAGUCCAAAACCCCGAGGGCCCAACUUGGCCCAGGCCUGAUCUAGAGAGAUCACCUAAAAAUUUAAAACUGCUUGGUUUGGCUGGGACUCAAACCUUAAGUCGACGAUUCCGGUGUUUGUUUGGGACUUCAACUCCCAGGAGCCUCAGCUGCCUCGGCCUACCUUCCGGGUUUCUGGGAGCUGAAGCCUACCACGCCCCGCCCCGGAAGACAACUCUGUUUCCGAGUCAGCCGGAAGCCGGGGUGGGGAAGAUGGCGGUGCGAAGGACUCGUGCGUCGUCCAGGAGAGAGAGCCCUGCUGUUGUGGCGGCUGAGGAAGAAGAGGCCGGGGCCGUUUCCCCGGCAACGGGGUCGUCCUCGGAGGAGGGGGACGACAGCAGCGAGGAGGCGCCCGAGGAGGUGGCCUUCGUGAGCGCGCGGGAGGCGGCCGAGGAAGAGCGACGCUUGGCGGCAGAGCGUCAUCGCAGAGAAAAGGCUAUCAUAAAAGAAAAGAGAAGACAAAGAGAAGAAUUGUUUAAGGAACAAAAGAAAAGAAAGCUGCUUCCUGCCAGUGUGUUAGAAGAGUUGGCAUCAUCAGCACAGAAAAGUAAAGAGCAGCUGCCCGAUAAAACACAUCAAGAUCAGACUGCUGAAAACAAGUCUGAAAGUGAACAUGACUCUGAAAGCGAAAAUGAGAAGGGCGACACAAAAGACGACAGUGAAAAGGAAAUACUGCAAACUAGGCUCCAAGAAAGUUACAAGGCAGUGCGAUUAAAAGAUGAGAGUUUAACAAACAAACAACAACAAGUGGCCAAAAAAUUUAUACAAAGACAUCUGUAUGGAGAAGGUUCUAACCGAACUACUGCAAAUCAAUAUUUUUCUGUUGAAAACAAGAAAAGUAAAGUUAAAAAAGCUGCCAUCCAGUUUGUGAAUAACUCCUGGGGUGAAACGAAGAAGCAAAAAGCCAAGCAAUUUACAAAACGCUGGGUAUCUUCAAAAAUAAUCCCCUGAAACUUUAACAGCAUUUUGACCAAUAACUUUACCACUGUAAAAGCGAGCAUAUGGAUUUUAGAUAUUGUGCAAAAUUGUUGAAUUGAUUUUCUGUUACAUUUCUGUAACUUAAAUGUUAUGUUCAAACUGAAAGGUAACCAAUACUGGAUAUUUUUCUGAAUAAUGUUUAUUCUUUGUAACUGUGGUCCAGUUGAAACUUGUCCUGGUGUAUCUUCCAAUUCAGUCUCUUCAGUGGAUAUAUUUUAUCCAUUUUUGAAUAAAUCUGGCUUUUCAACUA